AUGCAGUUGGCUCCCAGGGAGCCUCUGCUGGCCCAGGUGCACAUCGCGGCUGUCUUCACUCUCCUCCUCGGACCCUUCACCUUCUUUGACGUCCAGAAGACCAAGUACCUGCAGAUCCUGACCUCCCUGAUGAGAUGGGUUGCCUUCGCCAUCAUGAUCGUGCUGGCGCUGGUCCGCAUUGGGCACGGACACCGGCAGGGGCACCCGCCCCUGGCUGACCUCUCCGGGGUCCGGAACCUGUUCGGCGUGUGCGUCUACUCCUUCAUGUGCCAGCACUCUCUGCCUUCCCUCGUCACACCUGUGUCCUCCAAGCGCCACCUCACGUGCCUGGUCUUCCUGGACUACGUGCUCAUCCUCGCCUUCUAUGGCCUCCUCUGCUUCACCGCCAUCUUCUGCUUCCGCGGCGACAGCCUCAUGGACAUGUACACCCUCAACUUUGCACGCUGUGACGUCGUGAGCGUGGCCGCCGUGCGCUUCUUCCUGGGCCUCUUCCCCGUCUUCACCAUCAGCACCAACUUCCCCAUCAUCGCCGUGACCCUCCGCAACAACUGGAAGACGCUCUUCCACCGCGAGGGGGGCACGUACCCCUGGGUGGUGGACCGCGUGGUGUUCCCCAUCAUCACCCUGCUGCCCCCGGUGCUGGUGGCCUUCUGCACCCAUGACCUGGAGUCCCUGGUGGGCAUCACGGGGGCCUACGCAGGCACGGGCAUCCAGUACGUCAUCCCCGCCUUCCUGGUGUACCACUGCCGCAAGGACACCCAGUUGACCUUGGGCUACGGGACCAUCAACAAGCAUAGGUCCCCUUUCCGCCACACCUUCUGGGUGGGCUUUGUGCUGUUCUGGGCUUUCUCCUGCUUCUUCUUCGUCACCGCCAACAUCGUCCUCAGCGAGAGCAAGGUCUGAUGGCAGCAUGUGUCUGGUGGUAAGAGACCACUCCGGCGCCCCCGCUCACCUCCCCACCUGCGGAGCCAAGAGCUAGCUCCUUCCCAGGGUUCCUUGGGGUAGGCGAGGCCGGAUUCUUGGAGGGGACCCUCCACAUCUCUGGCCGGGGGUCUUCUCCCCCCACCAGGAUUCUGCACGGUCUGUACUGUGCCUCACUCGCUGGGCAGCCUUUCCCCCCGGGCUCCCCUGCGUGGAGCUGCCCCCGGCCAGCCGAGCUGCACGGCCUGGGCACACAGCUGCCCCAGACUCCGGGCUUGGCCACGGCUCUACACACAGGCCCCAGCAGACAACCACCAGGGGCAGCCUCCUCCCCCGCACGGUGGGGACACAGUGCUGGCUGGCACUGCCACUGUUCAUACCAGACGCCACGUCCCCUCCUCCUUUGUCCCAGCCCCUCGUGCGUCCUAGUCUGGGGAAUCUGCCGCACAGGUAGCUGCUGCCUCAGGGCGAGUCCCAGGCCCUAAGCCUCCUCCCCACCAGGAUUGCCAGGUCCCACCUUCCCCGCAGGCCUGGAGUGGCCAGGUGCCACUCCCGGGGGAGGGCCUGGCCAGCCCCCGUGACAAGAACAGGAAGUGCUGAUCAGCACCAGGGUCCCUGGACUGUCGCUGUGAGGGCCCCUGCCAUGGGUGCCAGCAUCAGUCCCGAGCUCCUGAGCCCGUGAUGACUCAGCCCAGGAGACAGUUUAAGCCCAGAGCUGUGACCCCUCAAAGGGAUCCGCUGCUCUCCUGACUGCCCCAUGGGGCCCGUGGGGUCUCCUGCACUACCGGGGGCAAUGUAUAAGGACCACGAAAGGGAGCCACCCCCAGCCACCAUCACAGUGGCUUGAGAGCACCCUGAGCAUGUGGCAGUGAGGGGGCUCUGCUUCCCACCCUCUAAGAGGUCAGGCCUGUGGGGUAGCAGCAGGCUUGGCUGUCCCCACGCGAGUACUAAAGGUGGCUCCCUUUUGAGCCACAUGCUCUCCAUGACCCUUGGGUGCUGUGGAGUGAGAUGGGGCACCAGGCACCAUUCUCAUGGAAGGAGGGGUGAGUUUCUAGCCACCUCACCAGCUCUUCCAUGGCCCCAUCCCUGUCACAAGCAUGCAUGCCUCUGCUGGGCCAGCCUUCCUUGGAAACACAGGUGACUAGUGAACUCUGCAUUUUCAGUGUGCCUUCUGCUUCAGGACCUGGGGGUCCUUCCUGACCCUCCCUGGCAUCCCCCCAGCCCUGGGCCUGGCCCACCUGUCCUGGAGCCCAGAGCAGCUUGACCUGGAGCUGCCUGUCUGGGGUGGGGCUUCAGGUCCCCAAACCAGCACCCCCCUUUUGAUUUCAGUGCCUUGCUCAGCCCGCAUUCAGGAACCUUCACAGCCUCCUACAUGGCGCGGUAUUCAUACCUUGGACAGUGACCACGCCGGCUCUCCUGGGGCCCAUGGUGGCCUUGGAGGGAGAGGGAGGAAGACCUGGGAUAUGUAUGAACCGGGGAGUCCACAGGCAAUGCCACCCCCCGCCCUGGCCCCUGGCCGCCACAGCCCGUGAGAACCCCGGGUCGUGCGUGAUUGGCCAUGGUCUGUCUGCAUUCUCACUGUUGGACACUUCUUAGUCCAUCCCCAAGUACUGUGAUUUUCCAUCCAUGUGAACACUAGACCACCCUUCCCCAUCUGCCACAGCAACUUCUUCCCAGGAGGCUCCAGCCUCCGGUGGGCAGAGCAGGGAGGGCUCCCAGGGGGCAGGCACUCCAUGGCUCCAGCCCUACCUGGAGCUGCCCAGCUGUUUGCUAAAAACGCAAAACAUCUGUACUUCCCCUUCUCCAGUUACAUCCUCUCUUGCUUAAGGACAAAGCAAAUUAAAUCAUCCUGCCGCCCCAGGCUCCAAACCAAAUAUUGGAGGUGAGUUUAUUAGCAUCAUAAAGCCCAGGUUGAUUUAUGUGACAAUCUGGAGGCAUACAGCAGUGCCCGGUCGGUGGCUGCAUUCCCCUCCUCCGAGCCCGGCAGCCCCAGGCCUGGAGGGACCGAAUCGGCCCUAAGUGGCCGCGUCGCUGACGGUAAGCCCGGGUACUCCCCAUCGCCGCUGUCUGGGCUCCUUUGCUCCUCGGCGUUCACCUACUGUCUGACCACCUGGAGGUCAGAUGGGGUCGCCUUCCUCUCUACUGAUAGCCAGGGGGGCUUAGAGCAAGGUGGGGGGACCGCCAGGAGCUAGACAGACCCCUGAUGAUGCCUGUUCACCCAGUGCAUCAGGCACGCUUGGCUGCAAGUGCUUACAUCGGUGGGGCGAGGUGGGCGAGUGGGAUCAUGAUUUCCAUUUUACAGAUGGGCCCCCGGGGCCAGUGGCAGGGAGGGCAGAGGAGGCGGCACGCCGGGCCUGGCCUGGGUACAGAUGUGGCUGUGGAGGAGCACAUAACUCAACAGCCUCUACCUGGUGCCUUUCACCCAGACUGGCCCCAAGGGCAGGCUGGGCCAAGGUGGGAGUCCGCGAUCCCUCGGGCCCUGGGUCCAGGGGCUCCUGCCUGUUCCCUCACCUGAGGCCAGAGAGGCGGCUACGGUCUUAUGGAUGGGGCAGAUGGCAGGUGACAGGCUGGGAGGCACUGCUGAGUGGUGGAAGGUGGGCAGCGGGCACCUUGCCAGGCCCUUAGCGACACAGCUGUUCUCGCCACAUGGAGGCCGGGAGCAGCCUCGGCAAUAGGCAGACUAAAGUCAGAGUGGUGGAGGAUGGGGGCUGUGCCCCACCUCAGGGGAAUCCAGCCCCGGGGGAGGAGCCUGGCAGGGCCCGGCCCUCGGGCAUGUGACCACACCUGUCUCCACCUGUCUUGGUGUGGCGUCCGAUUCCCAGGAAGGGCUGACCCCAAGUUGCCCAUGCUAACAGCCACUGAAAAGCUGCUCUUCUGAAACCGAGACCCAGGACUGCAGGAGAGAGCUCUGCAAACCUCCCCCACACCCCGCCCGGGGCUGGGGCUCGUGGUGUCGGUGGGAGAAAGGAAGAAUAGCUUCCUGAGUGCUUGGUAUGUGCCAGGCAUGGUGCUGGGUGCUUUCCGCAUGAACCUGGGCCUAACUUAGGGAUUGAGAACGUGGAUCAAGGAGUCAGAGCUGCCCCUUGCAGGCGGCAAGCCUCCGUGCUCGGCCCCGUCAUUGUAACAGGAAGGCAAUUGUAGCUGCGCCGCUGACCAGUUGUGGGAACUUAAGUACUGAGCUUAGUGCCUGGCACAAAAGUGCUCAAUAAAACUAUUACGUACUGAU